AUGUCUGCUGAGCCUCCUGCAGUCUGGACAAAAGCGGAGGAAAGCACAUUUCUCGAGUUCCUUGUGGUGGCCCUUCCUUCAUCAGGUGAAGGGGGCUUCAAGAUGCCUACCUUUAAUCAGGCAUCUGCCCACCUCAAGGCACAAUACCCCAAUCAGAGGGGGGCAGAAAAAACUGGUCUAGUAUGCAAAAAUAAAUGGACAGCGUUAAAGAAAGUGUACCAUAGUGUCGUUGAAAUCAAGUGCACAUCAGGUUUCACAUGGAGCGAUGAGCAUGGAGCAGGGGUUACAGAUAGAAAGGAUGAUGUCUUGUCACGCUUUACAAAGCCCUUCAUGAUGAAGGGCUUUGAACACUUCAAUAUUAUGGAGCAGCUAAUGCCAAGCAAGCUGAAAGGCUCACAUGUCUUCUGA